GUAUUGUUGGUUGCCUAAACUCAAAGUAGGAAUAAAUUAAAAAUGCAUUAUUAUUAGAAUUGAUUGUUUUAUUAUCCAAAACUUCUUUUGCUUAAUCCCUAACCUCAAAUGUUCCCCGUUACAUAACCACACUUUUUUUGGCGGGAAAAACAGUGCUUGUGUUUCACCAUGUGUGCGUCCAUUUAUAACGAAGACAACCUCCCUGACUUGCUCCCCAUUUACUACAAGCGUCUUUUCCCCCAUUCAGCGCUCUACAAGUGGCUUUGUUACGGUGACCCCGACAAGUUCAACCGGCGCGAAAUCUCGUUCACUCUAGUGGGGGACAUCUAUCUCCGGUACCAGAGCUUUAACACUGUGGAUAAUUUCGCCCAGGCCCUCCAUAGCCGUUUCCCUGUUAAAAUCGACAUUGGGGCCACUUACAACGAGAAGCUCGAGGGGGGCAACUCGAGUUUCAAAGUCCCGGUUGAGCGAGAGGUCGUGUUUGAUAUCGACAUGACUGACUACGACGCCGUUAGGACUUGUUGCACGGGGGCUGGGGUGUGCCCCAAAUGCUGGAAAUUUAUGGUGAUUGCGUGCAAAAUCCUGGAUGCGAGCUUGAGGGAGGAUUUCGGGUUCGAGAACAUCUUGUGGGUGUUCUCGGGGCGCCGGGGGAUCCAUUGUUGGGUCGCUGAUAAGAAAGCGAGAAUUCUGGAUGAUAAUCAACGGUCGGCGCUUGCCGAGUAUUUGACGUUGCUACGAGGGGGCCUCUCGGUGCGGAAAGUCAAGCUUUACAACAUGCAUGUGGCCACUGAGAGAGCCUUGAAAGUCAUCGAUGAGUAUUUCGAGAAGUCGAUUCUUGUCGAACAAGACAUUUUGGGGACUUUUGAGCGGUUAGACGCCUUUUUGGGGAACAUUGAGCCCGAUGUUAGCCCCCUUUUUCGCGAGGCUUUGACCAAAGUCCACACGUCAGCGGAGCGCUGGCGCGCCUUCGUUGACACUUUCCAUACUCUCUACCAGGAGCAAAAAAUACCAAAAUACUACAAGUAUUUAGUCGAAGAAAUGAAAAUUUACUAUGCGUACCCCCGACUUGACAUUAACGUCACCAAAAGCCUUAAUCACUUGCUGAAAGCCCCCUUUUGCAUUCACCCCAAAAGUGGGAAAGUUUCGGUGCCUUUCAAGGCCAAGUUUAUCGAGAGUUUUGACGUCGACGCGGUGCCCACUGUUAGCCAACUUUUGGACGAGGUCAACUCAUACGAUGCCAAAACUAAAGCCCAGGAGCAAGCUUUAGCUGAAAAUUCCCAAACCAGUGUUAAAAUAAAAGAUUAUAAAAAGACGAGUUUGCUGAAAUAUGUGACAAUCUUCUUUGAGUUUUUGAGGGGCUUGCAGGCUUCAGCCGCCCGUGACAGAGCCAUCAAAAAUGGAACUGUGAUGGAAUAUUAAACAUUUAAUUUGUUUUUUAUUACCCUUUUGUUACUAAU